AUGGGUUCUGAUUCAGUUUUAACAUCAACGAAGCCAACACAAAUACCAACUCAAGAAGGUGACCCACCAAGCCCAUCUGCUUCUCUUCUUUCUUUCAACACGGACUCCACUACUAAUCCUGACCACAAAAACACUACCAACUCCAUCAUCUUCAUCUCUCUCAUCCUUGUCACUUGCAUCGCUCUCUCUGCUGCUUCUGCUUUUGCCUUUCUCUUCUUUUCCUCCUUUUCAUCUUCUUCUUCUGUUAGUCCUGCAGAAAUCUCGUCACCUUCUCUACAAACGACGUCUCGUCCGUUGACCAAGCUCAACCACCCUGUCGUUCUCUUGAUUUCUUCUGAUGGGUUCAGGUUUGGCUACCAGUUCAAGACCCAUACACCAAAUAUUCAUCGUUUGAUUGCUAAUGGGACUGAAGCUGAAACUGGUUUGAUUCCUGUUUUCCCUUCUCUUACUUUCCCUAAUCAUUACUCUAUUGUUACUGGCCUUUACCCUGCUUAUCAUGGUAUUAUCAACAAUCGUUUUGUUGAUCCAAAAACGGGAGAGGUUUUUACAAUGGCAAGUCAUGAGCCCAAGUGGUGGCUUGGUGAGCCACUUUGGGAAACAGUGGCUAAUCAUGGGUUAAAGGCUGCUACUUAUUUUUGGCCUGGUUCUGAGGUGCAUAAAGGUUCAUGGACUUGCCCUCAAAGUUUUUGUAUGUUUUAUAAUGGUUCUGUUCCUUUUGAGGAACGUGUUGAUACUGUUUUGAGUUAUUUCGAUUUGCCAAGUAGUGAGAUUCCUGUGUUUAUGACCUUGUAUUUUGAGGAUCCUGAUCAUCAGGGUCAUAAGGUGGGACCUGAUGAUCCGGAGAUUACUGAAGCUGUUGCUCGAAUUGAUGGGCUGAUUGGGAAGUUGAUUGGUGGAUUAGAGAAAAGAGGGUUUUUUGAUGAUGUUACUGUAAUUAUGGUUGGUGACCAUGGAAUGGUUGGCACAUGUGAUAAAAAGCUAAUAUUUUUGGAUGAUUUGGCUCCUUGGAUUGAUAUUCCAGCUGAAUGGGUUCAGUCCUAUACUCCUUUGGUUGCAAUCCGUCCACCUCCUGGUUUUGCACCGUCAGAUGUUGUUGCAAAGAUGAAUGAAGGGCUGCAAUCAGGGAAGGUUGAGAAUGGAAAAAAAUUGAAAAUGUAUCUUAAGGAGGAGCUGCCUAGUAGGCUUCAUUAUGCAGCAAGUGACAGGAUUCCACCAAUAAUAGGGAUGCUUGAUGAGGGUUUUAAGGUGGAGCACAAGAGAACUAAGAGCCAAGAAUGUGGAGGAGCACAUGGCUAUGACAAUGCACUUUUCUCCAUGAGGACAAUUUUCAUCGGCCAUGGCCCUCAGUUUGCAAGGGGGCGAAAAGUGCCAUCUUUCGAGAAUGUUCAGAUAUACAACUUGGUUACUUCAAUUCUCAAUAUCCAGGGUGCUCCCAAUAAUGGGUCUGUAUCUUUUCCAUCAGCUGUUCUUUUGCCCAAUCCUUGA